CGCGGACCAAGCCACCAAAGCCAAUUCUUCUUUCCCUCCUUUUUGUCACUACAUGCAGCGGCGCCAGGCUUGGGAGUGCUAAGAAGCGGGAAAGCAAGAUGACGAUUUCGGCCAAUGUGCGCAAGGAGCUGUUCGAGAUGACGAACAGUGAGGGAAAGCUCAUCCGCAUCAAGCCCACGGAGGCCAAGGCAGGCACGACGGUCUACUCGUCCAAGCAGAGCCAGCCCCUUAAGAUGUGGACCCAGGAGGAGCACGAAAAGUUCCUGGAGGCUAUGGAGAAGUACCCAGCGGGUCCAUGGAAGGUCAUCGCCGCCUUUAUCGGCACCAAGACGACUCGCCAGACAAUGACCCACGCGCAGAAGUACCGCCAGAAGAUCAGUCGCUGGCGUCGCGGACUGCGCCACAAGGGCCGCAAGCAGGCCGGGGAUGAUGUCCCACAUCCCAGUGAGGCCGACGCGCAUGAAUACUCGGCCAAGGAGAAUCUCUUUAAGGCCAUCGAGUAUGUGUCAGGUGACGAGAUGACCGGCCAUUAUGGGAGGGUUAGUGUGACUGCGAACUCAUCUGUAAGCCCCACGCGCUCCCUUACGGGGGUCCCGGGCCACGAGGCACCGCGGAGUGAACUCUUUCGUCUGGCGGAACUCGCAUCUAUCGAAGUCAUGAAGCAGGAGCCCGUGGCCGUCCCUACCGUGCCGUCCAUGCCAUCGUCUCCCCCCGACGUGGAGAUGGUCGACAUGUCGAGCCCCGUGGUGAUCAAGCAGUGCCCCGAAGAAGUCGUGGCCCGCGCAUCCGUGGAGUUCAGUGAGAAGAUCCGCAAGAUGGAGUGGGGCAACAACCAGGAUGGCUUUAUCCGACCCAGUCCCGAGUGGUGCAUGCAGAAAACCGAGGUGCGACUCAGUCCGCUACGAGCCUCCCCGGACGGGAGCCCCUUCCCUGCUCGCAAGUUCGGCGGCGUCCUCAGCGCCAUCACCGACAUGUCUUACCAGAACGCACAAAACCGCCUGCCUUUGCCCCUCUCGUCGACGCCGAUGCUUUCCCCCAUACGUGUCGCAGGCGCCGAGGAACGGAAGAUGCAGCAACAGCAAUGUGGUGCCGGCGCGUUCCGCCUGCCACCGCUCAACGUCGUGAGUACGCAAGCUCCCAGUGUCUACUCGAUCCCUCCGCUGCGCUCCAAGAUCGACCCAAGCGUGUUGAGUGGCCGAGCCUACUACACGUCCACGAACUAA